UCAUAUAUGCGGCUAGCAGGGCGCGAAAGUAACAAUCCUCACAGAAAAGAAGAACAAAAAUGGCUGGUGCUGCUGGUUCCACACUACUCAGAACUGGGAUUGGCCUGAAACUACACUCCAUUUACUCUUCCAUUCCUGCCCUUGUUUUUCACCCCAAUCCCAAACCUACCCUUCUCUCCUCAAUUUCUAUUCACAUAAACAAUCCCAAACACAAACACCCUUUUAAAUCUUUUGCAAGUUUGACUGAAUCAGACCCCCCCAGCUCCCUUCCUUCCCAAGAUCCUCUUCAAGACUUGGUUGGUAGUUUUGAGCUUCCAGAUGAUUAUUUCAAGCAAUUACCUAGUGACCUUCGGCUAGAUCUCAAUGAUGCUGCUUUUGAUCUUUCCAAGGGACCAGUUAUCGAUGAGUGUGGUCUAGAGCUGGGCGAAACUUUGCUAAAUAUAACUAGAGCAUGGGAAGCAGCAGACACAUCAACUUCAACCACUCUGGUUGGAAAGCUCCCUAUGUUAGUUGCCUCUGCGUCAGCCAAUAGUAAAGCAGCAUUUGGAAAACGCUUGGUAUCUUCUGGAAGGAGGUUUCAAUCUAUGGGCCAGUAUGGAGAUGGUGAACUGCAGAAGAUUGCCGAAGCUAUGAUUACGGUAGGAAAACUUUAUUCAGCAAGUCCGGUGUCUACUGCAGCAAAUGAACAACCGGCACAGGAAACUAGGAUGUUCAAGUUUGGAGAACUUCAGGUAGCACUAACAGCAGAUAAAGCCUACAUAGGAGCUGUAAUUGCCUUCACUUUCGGGUUGCUUUCGUGGGAACUUAGCCAAGGUAUUCAAAGCAUUCCAGAGAGCUCAUUGCAGUAUGCUAAUGAAAACGCCCUGAUGCUUGCCAAGUCUUUGAGGGGAGCCGCCCUCGCAGUUUGCUAUGCAUCAACCGUGUUGUCAGCUUUCACUGCCGGUGGACUGGUCUUACUUGGAGGACAACUCAAGUCGGAACGAAAGUAGUACUUCCAGGCUCCUUGUGACUCCAGCUUUACCUGUGAAUUCCUAGAAUGUAAAUUUAUCAGUAAAAAAGGGUAUACUUGUUGCUUUGUGGAGUUGGACUUGAACUGUUUUUGUAUCCAAACAGUUUGUAUUUUCACAGUUCUAAAUGAGUUGUGGGGGCUUCAUAGAAAAGGGAUUUGAGAUUCA